GCCAUUCAUCUCUGGAGAAGAGACGCGGGCGCUACAACAGGGCGGGAAACAAUUUGCGCCUCCCAUCCUGUUGACUUGGAUGCACGUUGUUACUUUUUGGAAACCUCUGCCAAGCGUGAAAUUUGCGACACAUUUGCGACUUUUGCUGACUCGCCAGCAUCCUCGGACGGCUCGCGUGCCGGCUGAUUUUCAGAAGAAGAAGGCGGCGGUGGUGGUGGUGGUGGCGGUGGGGGAGGAGGUGACCUCAGGAGGACGCGCAGGGAUCCCAGCUCCGGGAAGAGGAGGAGGAAGAGGAGGAGGAGGAGGAAGAAGAGGGCACACAUCCUGCUGAUCGAGAGCAUCCAUGAAGCCCUUCUUUCCGUUUUUUCACAUUCACUAUGACAAAAACUUAGUGCAUGGUGCCCUGUGAAGUGAGUUACUCGAGUUAGCAAAGAUGCGUUUUGUAAACCUACAUUAGUUGAUGUGAGGGAUCAUUUGCAUAUAAAAGGACAAUAAGGACGAGCCGCACACGUGCAACAUGGAUCUCAAUCGAAUCGGAGGUUUAUCCGAUGUCCCGUGAGCGUCGGCCUGGAGCCGCCCACCCCGGUGCCGCCCACCCUGGUACCGCCUUCUGUGGGUCUCCGAUAUGGACCCCGCUCAUUCUUUUAGGAUGGAGCUGGAUGGGCUGGACCUCCAGCAGGCCCCGGUGCUGUCGCUUGACCAGAUCCGUGCCAUCCGGGCCUACAACGACUACGUGGACCGACCAGUAGCGCUGGAACUGGCAUCCCAGUCUGGAUUUUUCUAUGCCCACGAUGAGCGACACCCGCACGGAAUAUACUCGCAGCACCCUCAGCUGCCGGGUCACAACGCCCUGCCCCGCAGUCAAAGUCAGCAGCAAGCCCGCAUGUCCCGCAUCAGCCGCUCCAGCACCGUGAGCUCCUCCAUGUCCCGGACCAGCGCCGGCUCGGACCAGAGGCUGCUGGCGGGCUUGACGCCCUCGCACUCCGGCCCGGCCGCGGUGGUGCGCACUCAACCGAAAGGGGAGCCGCUCAAGUCCGACUACUCGUUGAGCAAAAUCCUGGCCGAGGACGAGCCGGGCCGGCACCAGUUCAUCUGCGAGCGCUGCGCCCGCUGCAAGUGCCACGAGUGCUGUGCCCCGCGCCGGCUUCCCUCCUGCUGGGCCUGCGGGCAGCGCUGCCUGUGUUCCGCCGAGAACGCGGUGGAGUACGGCACCUGCCUGUGCUGUGUCAAGGGCCUCUUCUACCACUGUUCGGCGCAGGACGACGAGGACAACUGCGCCGACCGGCCGUGCUCCUGCGGCCCAGCCCACGCCCUGGCCCGCUGGGGCACCAUUGGCCUCCUGACUCUCUGCCUGCCCUGCCUCUGCUGCUACCCCCCUGCCCGGCUGUGCCUCGCCUUGUGCCACUGCGCCCACGACCGGGCCACGCGACCCGGCUGCCGGUGCAGCAACACCAACACCGUGUGCCGCAAGAUCUCCGCUUCAAACCCCAACCCGGGUCAUCCCUCCGUGAGCAAGGCUGUGGAGAAGUCACUAUGACAGGCCUGGAUUGGUGGCAACAAGGCGCCAACCAUUACUUGUGCUCACCGGCCAUCCGUUCUCCAGCUCGAGGGGGACAAAAGCUUUACUGUGCCUGUUUGCCUUGGAAACUAAAAGCCCAACCUGAAGAAGAACUGAAUUUGCCGUCCUUCUUCUGCCUAACGGAGAUGUCUGACAUGCAUUUAUUUAUUAACGGACCACCUCCCGGCGCUUUACGAUCAACGCCUGGACCACGGACCGGAUCGGCAACUCACGGCUCGAGCACGACGGAUUACCGAAAGGAGAUGCUAACAGUGAAGAUCUGAGGGCUAAGGAACCAACGAUUUAAACGUGCGGAAAAUCGCAGCACAUCCGGAAUACGGUUUGAGCGGAAUCUCAAUGCCAUUCUUAAGCUCAGUUGUAUUAGGUGGACACACGGUACUGCGCAAAAGUGGCAGGCCGCCGAGGAAAAUAGUGUGUAAGAUCAGAGGCACUUUUCUCGUUCCUGGAAAAUCAGAGGAUGGAUUCUGGGACUUUGAACUCGAUCCUCCGCCAAAAUCAAUGGGUUCUACGUGCCACACCUCGAGAAAAGAUCAUCAGAAAUGGCUUUUAAGCAAACCCAAGAAGUCACCGGCGGUGGCUUGAGACUUUUGCGUAGUACCUCACCUGAAAAAAGGGACCACGACCUGCCUAAUUGGAAUCUCAAUACUAUUAAGCUCGUUUCGAUGACGCUGACGCAUCCCCAAGCGCUGGAUGCUGGCACGAGACUCGCAUUUUUAAUGAGGUCCUUCAACCAAUUUCCAACGGUUUCCACGUGGCACCUUACGAGAAGAUCUCAUAGAAUGCCUUCGAACCGAAUCAGUCCUGAUCCCUGAUCACUGGUGGUAGCCUUUGACUUUUGCACAGUACAUCUGCAGCACCUCUGGAACACUUUGACGCCUGAAAAACGCUCGGAAGUUGUUCUUUCACAAAAACUACAAUCAUUGCCGGCGGGGUCUGAGACUUUUGCGCAGUACUCUACGUUUUUUUUCUUUUGUUUUGUUUUUUUCUCAACAGCCGUGUUAACCAACAACAGGGUGGGCCGGGUGGGUGGGUGCGUGUCUUUCUGUGUCUGCGUGAAGACGAAGAAGGACUUGUCUUUGUUGUCGUCUUAUUUUUAGACUUGCUGCUAGAUCUUUGCGCCGGUCCGGUCGGGUUUCUCCGUCUGUCGCCAAGCUCCCUGAGAUCAGGCCGCCGCCCUAACGCCGGACAACCUCGCAUCGCCUGACUCCCCUUUGCCCCCCCCCACUUGAUCCUCCCAUCCCUCCGGCCCAGCCACGCUUGCCUCUCCUCACUCGCCGGCCGGACGACUAAAAGCCUCCCGUCGAGAGUUGAUCAGACGGGCAAUUAUCUCCGUGAUUGCUCUUAAUGGGCCAGACGAGAACGCAGGAAGGAGUUGCGGUGUUUUGGCGCAUGGAGAAGAGGGCGGGGGUGAGAGGGGGGGGGGGGGUUGCUGGGGUGAGGCUCGGGUUUCCUGACGUGUGUGUGCAUGUGUGUGUGCAUGUUUUCAAGUGAACGUGCGUGUGUGUUUGCGGGAUGCAUGAACACAACACCCGACGCGUUAAAAUCUUCCUUUAUUUUUAUAUGCAGAUAUGAGCAAGCGACGUCGGAAUUGAUUUUUUUUGGGGGGGGGGGUUGCGUUACCAUGACAACGGUUGUCAAUUCAGGAAUUUUUGAGGCCGGGAAUAGCGGCAAAAGGAUUUAGUAGGAUAGUGGAGAAAAUGUCUUUCCGUAUAGAUGGUUGAAAAUGUCACAUUUGGUGCCCCACACCCCUAAAAAUAUUUCGCUACAGUUUUAAAACGUAAUUUGGGGAAAAAAGAAAAAGGUUUGUCAUAUUUACAUUAAAAAUGAAAAUGUUUGCAUGAUUCAGUCGGGACAUUACAAACGUAAAGAAUAAAAUGUGUGUUAUUGCGAUGAAAAAGUUAAAAGAAAGAGAAAAAUUAAAUAAAAUUUCUGAAAAUUCCGUGACUGAUGUCCUAAAUUGACAUGGCAAAUUUUAAUUAUAAUUGUAAUUUUCUGACAAUAAAUAUUGUUUACAUUCGUCCUUGUGAUAGUACAAAUGCAUCGCAAACGCAAACGUAGCAUUUUUUGGGGUGAUAUUUUCACUUCAUUCGCAUAAAAGAAUGUGGCCCAAAUACACACCCACGAAAUCUUUUUUUUUAAACUACUCACUUUGCUUUUUUUCCAACAAAUCCUACUAAAUUCUUGCGAGAAUAGACAAUCUGGGGGGCAAAAAUAUGCAAAGUCGCCACAGAGAGCAUUUUAAACUGUCAUGUGGCUGCUCAUGGUCAAGAUUCUUUUAUUUGAACAAAAACGAAACUUGAAUUUAUUCUUGGAUGUGCGCGUAAAGGUACCUUUUUAUUUUAAUUUCUGGUUUGAGGCUAAUGUUAGCUCAUUAGCUACAGCUGGAGGGGCCUGGGGGGUGCAACCUUCUUCCAAUCAGGGGCCAUUUCUAAGGGCUACAUUUGGGAAUAGAAAAUUAAUGAAGUACAGUAGUCUUUUUAUUAUGAACUAUGAAAUUUUGUGUUGUGGAAUUAAUGUUUUUUUUUUGUAUGGUGGGCUGGAUGGAAUGCUUUCGGGCUGCAUAUUGCCAAUUCACCUUAGGUUGCCCCCCCCCCCCCCCCUCCCGCACCCCUCGACACUCCACACAGUAUAACCACUACUCGUGCUUUCGGUACACAAUUGGCAUCUUGUUUGUUUGUUGUAAAGAAAUUUAAGGAGAGUAUAUGGAACAAUACAGUAUAUCGAGAAGUCUAUCACAAAAUGAGAUAUUAUUAUUCGGUUUAUUCUAAUGAUAUAUGAAGAGAACGUGUUUCUUUGCCGACGUGGUGUAUUCGGUUAUUUAUUUACAGGUUACUCGCCGCCAUGGAGUCCGGUGCGAGAUUACGUGUGUGCUUGUCGUUUGUUGUUUGUUUUUUUCUGGCUAUUUGGUGUGGCUGCUGACGACGACCCAAUAAAAAGGAGCUUUCCGAACAUCAA